AUGUUGAACGUCAAGCUACGCAAGGGGGACUCCCUCUAUUACCUUGAGUAUCAGCAAGAUCUUAGGUUACUCACACCACGAAUAAAUGUCAAACCCGGGAAGAAUAUGAUAAUAUUCAGUGGUAUUGAAGCAGCCCGUGCCAAGAAUAAUGUCAUGAAUGAUGAGACGGUGUCAUUGAGAAGCGAAAUUUCAACCGUCACUUUAUACAAGCAUGAUGUGGAGGGUUAUCUGCACACAAUCUAUCUAUCUAUCUAUCUAUCACAGCCUAGUCUGGCACUGAAGGUAGUGCUGAGGAACGCAAAGAUGACGACCUAG